GAUUGGCACCGCCCGAGGCCAGAGCUGGAGUAACUGGACUCUGGGCGGCAGGCGCAGUCCCGGAGCUCGAGAGGCUGGCGUCGGCGCCGAGCCCAAAGCCCUGGGUGGGAGCCCGGCCGGGACGCGCUCACCAUGCCCUACGUGCUCAUUAGCACCCAGAUCCGCAUCGAGGUGGGCCCUACCAUGGUGGGCGAUGAACACUCAGAUCCAGAGCUGAUGCAGUAUCUGGGGGCCUCCAAGAGAAGUGCCUUGGGAAACAACUUUUAUGAGUACUUUGUCAGCGAUCCUCCUCGCAUAGUGCUGGACAAACUGGAACGCAGGGGCUUCCGUGUGCUGAGCAUGACAGGGGUGGGCCAGACACUGGUGUGGUGCCUGCAUAAGGAGUGACCCUCUCACACUGAGGAGCACACAGAGCACCCCUUUUUUGAGUGGAUGCCACCGGCCCUGAUCCUGAGUCCCCAUUCACUCACCGCCUGGCCCCUCUCUUCCCAAAUUGUCAUUUUCCUUAGCCAGGCACCACUGGGCUGUGAAUGGCCUUUUCUGAAACCUGCCUCAGCCCCAGAGGAUGGGGUGAGAGGGCAGGGCCCUUGCCCUGGUGCUCCCAGCUGCCCCUCCAGCUUUUUGGCCUGGCCGAGAGCCCUGGAGAAGGCCGUGUUCUGUGCGCAGGCUGAGGGGCCCGAAAGAGCCAGGCUGUCCCUGGCCAGGAACUGGGAGCCCCCAAGGAGCACAGCCCAGGACUGGGUGGGAGGGUCCUAAGUACCUGGUCCAAGCCAAUAAAGGCCUGUGUCGAGUGCUUG